CUUCUCUCUCCUUUUAUAAAUUCCAGUCUGUUAUCAGUUCUGCCAUAGUCAUCAAAACGGUCACAAGUUUCACGAGAAAUUCUGAAAUUAAAGUAUAUUGAAAUCAUGGCCGAAACCUUGAGAGAAGAACUUACCGUUGUUAGUGUGAAUACAACGAAGUCGAAGCUGAGGUAUCCGCUCCGAUCGGCGGCCAAAUCGAAGGAGGAGAAGGCGCCAGUGGUUGAAUCUUCGAAUUCUUCUGUCACCAGGAGGGGAAGAACUGCAUCAACCAUAAGUAAAAGUGUGAGUGUUCUUGAUCUGUCUGGCAAAGAAAAGUCUGCUAAGCCACCUAGAAGGCUUUCUAUUCCUGCCAAGUCGACAGUGGGUUCAGUUCCAAAAUCAGUUGGCAACAUCACUCCAAUUUCCGAAACUAGAACUAAGAGAUCGGUUAAUACUCAGGGGAGAAGCGAAACACCUCUAUCUGAUGUUUCCAGAGCAUCAAGCAGAAAGAAGUUUAGUCUUCUGUCAUCAGCGUCAUAUUGGCUUAGACAGAUUAAGCAAUCUGAAUCUGAGGCUAGGCACUCAAUUUCACUUGGGUUUUUCAAACUUGCCUUGGAAGCUGGAUGUGAGCCUCUUCAGCGAAUGCGGGAUGAACUCAAAUCAUAUGCUCGUCGUCAUAACCUUGGUGAACUUGAAGAACUUGUUAAAGAAUUAUUUGAGAGCUAUAAUAUAACAGGAACUUCAGAGCAAUUGCAAGUCUCUGAAACCUUUUCUCAGGUGCCCGAAGAGGGAAGUCGGUCAUCUGAUGAUGAGGUUCUCAGCUCUUCUUCUACAAUCGGAAAUAGGAAACUAAAACCGAAGUCCUUGAAUAAUGAUACUGCUCAAGUUUCCUCGGUCACUGUAUCAGCCAAGAAGGAGGCUACCACAAAGAACUAUCCUUCAACCAGGACCAGGGCAUCUUUGAGUAGGAAUUCUGCUAAUACAAGAUCAGUUCCAGAGACAGGAAAUGGUAAGAUACAGAAGAAGCCGCAGAAGCCAACUAAACCAGAGACCAAUAAAGGGAAGGACAGUAUUAAACAAGGAAAGAAAUCUACUGGGGAAGAAGGUCCGGUUAGUCCUUCACUUUCAGGGGACAAAGUUGAAGAGAACAAAGAAAACAUGUGCAGGAUUCGACGCCAGUGGAAGAUAUCCGUGUCUGAGUGAGUGAUAUCGGCAGACAUUUUAAUCCAGAAACGCCGGAUCAUAUCAUUGCAUACAAUUUUAGAGUUUCUUCAGUGUUUGGUUGUCGGUGUUUUCUAUUGUAUAGGGAGUGUUAAAGGUUGUGGUGUGAAGUAAUUGAAAAUUUUAUUUAUUUGUGUUUGGAUGAUUAAACUGACAUUGUGUCUAGUAUUAUGGAGUAAAAUUGUUUUUGAAUUUUUAGA